UUUUUUUCCCACUUUAUUUUCCUCUUCUCAACAGUCAAAUGCAUGCAGAGACAGACAAAGAGAGAGAGAGAAACAGAGAUCCGGGAGCCGGUGAGUCACCGGCAACCAGUCUUCGACGCGUCCUCGCCUCCCACAUACAGAACCGAAGUCGUCGGCUGUAGGGAUUUCCGAUGAAGAUUCGACCAAUGAAAGGUGAUAGUGGCGAGUUCCGACGAGUCUAGGGCUCCGCCGUGACCCAUGAUGACGGCGGCGAUGUGGUCAAUCUGCUUCCAAAACCACCUCUUGCUUUACCGUUCCAGAUUUCACGACAACCUGUGUGGAUUGAGUAAUCAAGACAUGAGCAUCGCUCCGUUGAAGGAGAUAGCAACCUCUAUCCAUCGAUUCAAUCGUCGAAGCAUCGAGACGUCUGCCUCGCUUGCCAUUGUGGCGUUCACGAGUUUGAAAGCUAAAAACCAAGGUCUUCAACUCCAGCUCAAAAAGAAAGCAUUACAACUAGAGCGAAGCGUCAAUUGGAAUUCCACGACUCAGAUCCACCGUCGAAAAGGCCUGGCAAAGGCAGCCUCACGAACUAAGACCCAGUUAACAGAAGUUCGUCCUUUUGUCCACCAAUACAAGAACGUCGAGUGGGAUGGCGGUCAAGAGCUAAUUCCUUUUGUGCAGAUGAUGAUGACUGCCUGCUAACUACACACUGCAUAUACAAGCAGCGUAACACAUCAGCCUUCUAAAACAUGGCUGAAUGUUGUUAAUCACACCAACAUGUAUGCCUGAACAUACAAUUUUUUGAUGGCUGCAUUUGUUAACAGCAGCGUGAUAACAUAAUGAUAUUCAUUUAUCGACAUAACCAAAUCUCGCUACUGUAACCAAGUGAAUGUCGCGCAACACGCGAACGCUCGAAUACCCCUAGUUUACAUGAAUAAACCCUUUAUGACGA